UUUUGAAGAUAAAAAAUGAAUAAAAUUAAAAAUGGCCUCCCUUUAUAAAUUGAAAGGCAGACAAAUUGAAUGAGGAAGUAGUGAUGUUCGAAACUCUCGGUCUCGGUUCCUGAGUCGGGAAAUUUCCCCUCUCUAUAAUAUAAUUUACUUUUUAAAAUUUUUGAGUGGUUAAUGGUGAACAAUGUAUAGGCGCAGGAGACAACCAAGAAAAACACAACGCCAUAAUCGGAUUCAGCUAGUGGGUGGGUGGAUGGCAAACGGAUUAGGCAGUGGUUUUUGGAAAGAAGGCGCCCUAGAUCGAAAACUUCAGUCUAACAUAAUUUUUCAUAACGCAACCACAUCUAGCGGGAAUGUGUCGUUGUAA